AAAUUUGGAGUUCCAUUCGAAGCUGCUUCAAUCAUUCUCUACCAAUCUAGCUACCAUUAACAAGUUAUCUUCACUAGUCCAUCUUCAAAGACAUGGUCACCAUUCAUCCAAACCUCAAGCCAUGGCAUCAGUCCAUGACAAGCAACCAGCAGUGCUACUCACACACCACCCUCUCUCCUCUAUGCACCACCAAACCAUCAACAAUUUCAUGCACUGCUUCAUCAGAAAGCAAUCAAUCUUCCCCAGCAGGCAGAAUCAAACGCCUUGUUCUUCCCCAAGAGGGCAGAACCAAACUCAACACUUACCCUGACAGAGAUUUCUAUGCCUAUCCGCGCUUCGUGACACAUGUCGACGAUGGCUUCAUUUCCACAUUGACCAAUCUGUAUAGAGAAAAGUUGAGACCCGACUCAGAGGUUCUUGAUCUCAUGAGCUCAUGGGUUAGUCACUUGCCGAAAGAGGUACAGUAUAAGAAAGUGGUGGGACAUGGGCUAAAUGCACAAGAGCUUGCCAAGAACCCUAGGCUGGAUUACUUUUUUGUCAAGGAUCUGAAUCAGGAUCAGAAGCUUGAGUUGGAAAGCUCUAGUUUUGAUGCUGUGUUGUGCACGGUUAGCGUUCAGUAUCUUCAACAACCUGAGAAGGUGUUUGCGGAGGUGUUCCGGGUUUUAAGACCAGGAGGGGUGUUCAUAGUGAGUUUUAGCAAUCGAUUGUUUUACGAGAAAGCAAUUGGAGCAUGGAGAGAUGGGAGUGCAUACAGCCGGAUACAAUUAGUAGUGCAAUACUUCCAAUCUGUGGAAGGGUUCACAAAAGCUGAAAUCGUUAAGAAAUUACCCGAUGCCAAUGGUGGUGGUGCUGCAGAGAAUAAAUCACCAUUCAGUUGGUUCAUGGGUUUGCUUGGAUUGCUGUCCGGGUCUGAUCCCUUCUAUGCAGUCUUAGCUUACAAGAACUUCAAACCUGUAUAUGAAACAGAAUGAUGGACUAAGCUAAAGCAUAGCGGGCUAUGUGAGUUGAGCAAAGUUGAUCGUACUUGUUCAUACUACGUACUACUUAUAAACAGCAAAUGAUAAAGUGUAUUUUUGUGCACCUAAACACAAGUAAAUGCGAUCGAUGAAGUUAACAUAAUUAUUUGA